GUGAUGUUCACAUCAAUAUGUUUACUACUGCUAGCAAUUGCGAUUGUGUCAUGCCAAACGGAGCGUGAAGAUGUCAUAAUUAUAAGAGGAAUAUUAAUGAAGGAUGGCAUUCGGUUACCGUUUACAAGUAAAAUGGAACUGGAAGACAAUCCAACAUCUCGACAUUUUAAAGAUGUUUGCACAAAGUAUGACAAGAUGGCGAAUACUGAUAAAAUCUCGCGCUACAAGAACUUUACUUGCGUUGUAACUGGUCCACUCAGAGGAUAUUUGGAAGCGGAAUUUACAUUGCAAUUCCAGUCGGAUGAAGCGGACAAAAUCAAUUUAACCAAAGAUGACUUGGAAAAUCAAACCACAGGAACUGGUUACGACCUCACUAAUAUACAACUUAAACUCCAAAUUGCUACACGAGAAUAUCAAUAUUAAAACCGUACAUUGGAAAGAAAGGUUUUUGUGCUGAUUCAUGUUAAACGCAAAAACAUUUUCUCUACGAAAUCAAUGUAUACUAUAAUAUUAGUUGCAUCUCAUGUCUUUUUUCUUAUUGUGUCCAG